AUGUCCCACCUAAUCCAUGAGCUGGGCGUGUCUCCCAAGCUAGGGUUCUACGAUGUCUACAGCAUCGAUGAUCCGGACCUGUUGGCCUUCAUCCCUCGUCCGGUGUACGGCCUCAUCUUCAUCUGCCCUCAUGAUGUCUAUGUCCGUACUCGCGAGAGUAUGGACACCGACAACAUGCCUGAAUACACGGCCUCAGGGCCAAACGAGCCCGUCAUGUGGUUUCGACAGACCAUCAAGAAUACCUGCGGGCUGAUGGCCCUGAUCCAUUGCAUCAGCAACGGGGAGGCGAGGGAAUAUAUCCCGGAAGGAUCUGAGCUGGACAAGCUGUUCAAGACAGCCGUGGAUCUGGCUCCAACUGAACGAGCCCAGUUGCUGUACGACUCGACCUUGCUGGAAAGGGCACAUCGUUCGGCGGCGAAGAGAGGAGACAGCUCUGUGCCGGCACCGGACGAUAAAUGCGGUUAUCAUUAUAUCUGUUUCGUGAAGGGUGCGGACGGCCAUCUGUGGGAUCUGGAGGGAGGGGUGAAGGGUCCGAUUGAUCGAGGGCUGCUGGAGGACGGUCAGGACGGGUUGAGCGAGAGAGCUCUCGAGCUUGGGGUUCGAGCGUUUCUCAAGCAUCAGAGCGAUAUAGGGCAGGGAGUCGACGCAUCUGGCUUCAGCAUUGUGGCUCUAGCACCGAGCAUGGAUUGA